UUCUAUUACUAUGAUGGGCCUAGUUUUCCUGAGUCUUUUUUUCUUCUUCCUGAAAGGUUUGCAUGGUGUAGAGAUGAAUGAACCUGGUAAAGAUCGUCAAGGCAAGUUUGCAGGCGUGUUCCAAGUGGUCAGGUUCCCUAAUGCCAACUGUCUUGGGUCUGGAGGCCUCAAUGGAACCUGCUACACUGAAUCUGAGUGUACAGCUAAAGGUGGAAGUGCCUCUAUAAGCUGUGCUGCUGGGUUUGGAAUCUGCUGCAUAU